GUUACAUUUUUGGCUUACAAAUGUUCUUGUGAGGAAAGCUAUUGCUGGGAGUAAGCCGCAAUUCAAAACAGAUGAAUAUUUUUCUUCCUUACAACUGGUUUCCUCAGUUUGUUUAUGGGAGUACCUGUUCUUUGUGAUCCUGGAUAUGAACAUGCAGGGCUAGAAAGGAUUCCAGACUAAUUGCCCAUCAUGCUCCUGCAAACAAUCGUAUCCUGUAGUCAACAUAAAUUUAUUCAGCUUCACUUAAAAACUUGACUAUGUGUGUUGCACUGACUACAUCAUUUAGAAGGCUGCUAUAGGACUUAAUGCAUCUCAGCAGUUAGGAACUUGCUGUAGAUUUAUGGCUUAAGUGUAUUUAUGGCCAUCUAUACCACUGUACCUUCUGGAUCCUGUAAUGGUAACGUACUCCAGUUCAAACAGUUUGUUUUAUUGCUUCUCCACUUGAUUGUCUACUCCUUGAUACAGCAUGAAAGAACAGCUGUUAAUAUCUUUUAGCCUUUAUUCGCUAUGUUAGACAGGGCAACAUCUCUUAGUCUCAAUUAAUUGGCUCUGUAAUACCUUUGUCAUCCAAAUCACUUCUCUAUACCAUCACCUUAUGAGCCUGAAUUUACCUCACUGAAAAAGCACUGUUUGAACACUGGUCUUAUUUGCCUUCUGGACUGCGUGUGCAGUGUCGAAUGGGGAAGACUUAGCACUCGCCAUUUUGCUGGGUCCAUUUGGCCAUAGAGGAGGACCACGACAUUUCUCUUCGUUACCAUGACUUUGUAAGAGUAGGAGGACUUGGGUAAUGUUCUAAACCCAGUUAGUUUGUGCUUAAAUGUCUGGUUCAGGAGAUCCAAUGAUUGCUGGAUAAAUAUUUGCAAGGGACUGCAGCUGCCAUAGUUUGCAGAUCUUGCUGUCCCACUAGGCUUUGUUUCCUGGAGUUCCAGUGGGAGAAAGGGGACCUGUAUCUAGUGUAGCAGGAGCCAGCAAGGUGCCUACCUUAUGCUUUAUCCUAUCAUUGCUGCUGCUAAAGGCCAAAAUACUUUUGAGUGUUUGGGGAAGAAUAACAACUGAUGUUGGCAUGGGGACCCAGUUAAACUAAUAGUCUCAAAAAGCUGUUAUUUUUUGCAAAUAAGUUUUUCUUUCUGUCAGUUAAGACAACCAUUGCUGGAACAAAACUACAGAAUUAUUUUUCUAUGGUCUUGUUUAAACACAGGCCUAUGUAUUAUGCAUGCAAUCUAAGACAGUGUCUUUUCUGCAGUCUGUGAAAUAGCUUCCAAAUGUAGUUUGAACUGGAUUUCUUAUGUCCAUGCUAGUUUCUCUUGCAGUUUUUUAAAAAGCAGACAUUCCACUCAAAGCUUUGGCUGUAUUAUAUUCCUGUGCUAGCUUCAUCCUCGGCUUAAGAAGAGCGAGCAAGAGUAGAAGCCCCAGUGCAAAUGAGGCAGUUGCUGUUGCUGGCAUCUGAGCAACAUCAUGUAUGCUCACCUGAGACAGUGUUCAGUGGUGCCUGAAGGUUUGGAAGUCUGCAGAAGUUUAGUACAACAAUGUCAACACCAGAAAAGAAAGUAUCACAGAAGAUCGGUUUACGGCUUCGCAACCUGCUCAAACUUCCCAAAGCUCACAAGUGGUGCAUAUAUGAAUGGUUCUAUUCAAAUAUAGAUAAGCCACUAUUUGAAGGAGAUAAUGACUUCUGUAUAUGCCUGAAAGAAUCUUUUCCAACUUUGAAAACCAGAAAAUUGACAAGAGUGGAAUGGGGUAAAAUCAGACGAUUAAUGGGAAAACCACGGAGGUGUUCCUCUGCAUUCUUUGAGGAAGAGAGGUCAGCAUUAAAACAGAAACGGCAGAAAAUAAGACUUCUGCAGCAGCGGAAAGUUGCAGAUCUUUCACAGUUCAAAGAUCUUCCAGAAGAAAUUCCAUUACCGCUUGUAAUAGGAACAAAAGUUACAGCGCGUUUGCGAGGUGUCCAUGACGGUCUGUUCACUGGACAAAUAGACGCUGUGGACACCCUUAAUGCUACCUACAGAGUGACUUUUGACAGGGCAGGUCUUGGAACACACACAGUCCCAGAUUAUGAAGUUCUUAGCAACGAGCCUCAUGAAACCAUGCCAAUUGCUGCCUUCGGACAGAAACAACGGCCUUCAAGGUUCUUUAUGACUCCUCCCCGAUUGCCAUACACACCUUCACUCCAGUCUCCAAUUACAGAUAGUGAUCCUUUAUUAGGACAAUCUUCGUGGAAAAGCAAAAUUUCGGGCACAGAUAGUGAAACACUUGGAGGCUUUCCAGUAGAAUUCCUCAUUCAAGUGACCAGGUUAUCGAAAAUCCUUAUGAUCAAGAAGGAACACAUCAAACAAUUGAGAGAGAUGAAUACAGAAGCAGAAAAGCUGAAAUCCUAUUCCAUGCCAAUAAGCAUUGAGUUUCAGAGGAGAUAUGCAACUAUUGUUCUAGAUCUAGAACAGCUCAACAAAGACUUAAAUAAAGUUUUGCAUAAAGUUCAACAGUAUUGUUAUGAGCUUGCUCCUGACCAGGGCCUCCAGCCUGCUGACCAACCCACGGAUCUGAGGCGUAGGUGUGAAGAGGAAGCUCAGGAGGUCGUCAGGCAAGCAAAUACCUCAUCGACAGGACAACUUUGUGUUGAGAGUGAAAAUUUGACUGAUCUUAUCUCUAGGCUUACAGCAAUAUUACUGCAAAUCAAGUGUCUAGCAGAAGGAGGUGAUCUGAAUUCCUUUGAAUUUAAAUCACUAACAGAUUCAUUAAAUGACAUUAAGAAUUCAAUAGACUCCUCAAAUAUCAGUUGCUUUCAGAACAACGUUGAGAUCCAUGUUGCACAUAUUCAGAGUGGUCUGAGCCAGAUGGGAAAUUUACAUGCUUUUGCAGCUAAUAACACCAACAGAGACUGAAAACUUCCUCUCAAGUGUACAGCAAGUAGUUCUGGAAAACCUUCCUUUCUAUAGGCUUCACCAAAUAUCCUAACUGCCAGAAGAUAAGGGAAAAGAAAACCUCUCAGAAAGGACCCUUUUGAAUCUAUUAUAUCCGCUUCUUAAGAAAACCAGCAUUACUGGCCAGCGUUACAUUAGAUUUCUCCAUUUGUUAUUCACAUGCAGUAGUUUUGCUAACUGGUAAUCUCUUAGUAAUUGCAUUUAUUAUAGUAAACUUGAAAACAUACUUUCAUAUAAUUUGAACUUAGUUUUUGAAAGUUCAGAUUAAUUCUGUGCACCUCUUGCUGUUGGGUCUCCUGGUAUGUUAGAAGUGACGAAGAGGAAAUGGUUCAGUUUAGUAGCCACAUGGCAGGUCUUUGUUGUGUAAAGCUACACUUCUGUGUAAGUCUUGAGAACUGCCAGCACCAUCCCUGAUCUAAGAAAGCAGCAGCAGGAUACAGGCAGCAAACAUAAGCUGUAAACAUGAGGAUGUUGGGCAGGUCUGUCAAUCAGUCAGUGUCUUGUUGGAGCUCUUAAUUUAUCGUAACUUAUAGAAGGAGUCUAAUGAAGGAAUAUAAAAAUGUAACUGGUAACUUUCCAGAAAGAAAUUGGUUAUGGCUUUUUCCCUCCACACAGGGCAAAAGAAGUGCCGUGGUUGGUAUUUUAUAUAAAUGACUGGUUAAACAUAUUGUUUUUCCAAAUUUUUGUUUGUUUUGCACAACUUUUAAAUUAGAUUACUGGUUAUUCAACAGUACCCAACGUAUAUAAAUAUGAAAAUUUUUAUAAUGAAAUAUACCCAGUGAGGUAAACUACAAAAAUAAAAAGUGAGAACCUGCCUAGGAAUUGGAAUUAACCUUUUGGAAUGUUAAUCUUGUAAAAAGUGUGUAUUGGUUUGUUUAAAUAGUCUUGUAAAGCUUCUGUGUAAUGAAUUGUUUCCAGAUUUGAAUUUUCAGAGAUAGCUGUAGAGAUGUUUUUGAUUCUUUUAGAUGCCUCAUUAAAUAAGGUCUUUUAUAUGUUAAUGUAUAAAGAAUAUGUAAACAGGAUUAUUUUCAAUUUAAAAAUUUUGUAUAGUUUAAAGAUGCUUCUGUAUUCUGUGUUGGUAUUGUGCCACUGCAAAACUUUAGUGCAGAGUUUAUAUUUAGCUAAACUUGUUCUGUUAAUUGAGAGAAAUGCAUAAAUCUUUUAUUCUCAAUGAAAUUUGUAACUGAAUAAAUUGAGCUAUGAGAGUUGAUAUAUUUCACAAAAAUGC